AAAUUUUGUUUCAUUUCUCUUAAAAUUAAAUAACAAAGAUAAUAUAUUUAUUCAGAAAAAUUAAGAUAAUAACAAGAUUUUAUGGAAGUAUUAAGUGCUUAAGAUUAGCUAGUUGGCAUGAAUUUCAAUAGGCCAAUGACAGCAGCAUCUACUAAGAAUAAGAAGACUUUAGGAUCCACUUGUCCUAUUAUUAUCAAGCAUGAAUUUCCUAAUGAAUAGAAACACUAUAUAGAUAAUGUUGGAUAGGAAAUGAGCUCAACAAAAAAGCGUUUCAUAUAUGAUCGUCCAAACACAGCCAAAAUUUAAUAAAAUAGCAUAGCAUAGUAAAGUGGCUUUUAAGGUAUGAAGAGAAGUUAGUCAGGCUAGGGCUUAUCUUUUAAUCAAAACGCUAUUAAGAGAAGUUCUUUAAGUGCAAUUUCACAAUCUUCUUACUAGAUCAACUCUGCUGAUUUAUAUAAUAAACUCCUUGAAGGUUAAAAAAUCAAGAAAGAAGACAGAUUUGUGAUUAAACCUGCAAGAAAAUUGAAUACUUUCUAAAUCCACUCUGCAUUGUUUAAGAUCAAAAAGCAAAAGGAAGAACUAGACUUCAAAAUACGUGAAUUGGAAGAUAUUAAAUCAAAUUUCAAUGAAAUGGACUUCUAUUUAAUUGCAAAUGCAGGUGCAGUAGAUUAUAUGUUCAAUGCAGGAGCACUUUCAUAGACCAAUAUAUAAAUGAAUAAAAUGAAUUCCUAAGAAACGAGAAUUAUUGAAUAAAACUCUGAAAAUUAAAUUCCAUCUCUUGCUAACAUUAAUACUCAAAGUGAAAGCAGCAUUAAAAAGGCUUCAUAAAUUAUAAAUAAAAUAAGUUAGCCUAAAAAAUAAAGUCCUGCACAAUUUUUUUAAAAAUAAGUUAGGCCAUAGACUUCUGUACCAAAAGCUAAAUUAUCAACAAAUUAAAGCAAUAAUAAUAAUAUUUUAAGGGCAGCAACGGCAAAAGCAAAUUCAAGAGACUAAAUAGAGAUGCUUAGAGGAGAAUCAAGGGAUGAAAGUCAUGACAAAGGCAUAGAUCUUGAAAUUUUAGGUAAUUGCAUGAAAAUAUUCUAAGAAGAGGAACGUGUUCAAGUAGAAGAGUGGGGAAAAGAUCUAGAUAAUUCAGAUUAAGUCAAGUAAACUAUUGAUAAGAUGGGAUAAACUCUUCCAACUAUAAAUAGGUUGUUGAGUCCUAAAAGUGCUACUGUUCCACUCAAUCCAGGUUAUGGAGAGAUAAAAGAAGAGGAAGAAUAAGAAGAUUUGUAAAUUUAACCAUUUGAAUCGCUUUAGAAAUAAUUUUAAGAAUAAAAUUAUUAAUAAUUCAUAUUUCCAGAUAAUCAUUAAACAAACAACCUUUCAUCUAAUUCUCCUUAUUCUAAUUUAGAAAACUAAAAUCAAUACAAAAUUGGAGAUUAACAAUAUUUAUAACAAGAUGGUAAUCAUUAAGCCUUCAAUUAAAAUGGUAAUUAUUCAGAUAUGAAUUCAUCAUAAAAAGUAGCUGAAAGAACUUAGCAAAAUGAAUUUAACGCAACAAAUUAUAGUAAAAAUGGUAAAAUGAAGUAAUCUAAAAGAAUUCAUAGUGCCACAUCAUAACAUGGUUUAUUUAGGCCUUAAUCUUCCUCAGUUAACUCUAACUGGUUUUCAUAAUAAUUCAACAUACAAAAUAGACCUUAUACAGCUAUGUCAAGUAACAAAAAUAAAGCCAGUCAUCAUGCUAUGAUGAGUUAUGGGCCAGUUUAAGUAAUUAAGGAGUAAAUAACAAGAAAUUAUGAUCAUUUAGAGGUAUUGGCCGAAUCGAAAAGUCAAGAAAUAAUAAAAAAAUAAAAAGAAAUAGAAAAAAUAGGCUAACAAAAAGAUUGGUAAAAUCUUCAAGUUCAAGGCACUCGCCUUCCAAUUAAUAUUGAUACGUAUAUUGAUUUACAGUUUAAGACUAAAUAGGCACUAGCAAAUAUGAAUUAUGUAUAACAGGUUGACUUAAAUGGUAAUGCAAAUCAGUAAUAUUUUUAGAAUACUCUGCCUUUUACUGAAAGUCAUUUUUUUAGUGCUCCCAAAUAAAUUUAAGGAAAAAAUUCGUAAUAAAAUAGACCUGAAACACCUCAGGGAUAAUUUAUUUAGCCACAACAGAAUGUGUAAAUGCAACCAUAGUAACUUUAGUAGGUUAUUAAUUACUAGAAUUUCUAGUAAUUGCAUUCCGUUUCUUCUCAUUAAACUAGUAGAGCUGCUAUUGACUUAAAUGAAAUGCAAAAAGAUCAAAGCAUAAAGUUCUUAAGGCCAGGUACAGCAAAGCCGAGCUCUUCAUAAUCAUCUCGCUUGUCACAAUAAAAUAAAAUAAGUAAUAAUGUUCAAAAUAUAAAUGUUCCAUUUGCAGAAAGUGUAGCAGUAAAAUUAAAUCAUUCAAGCAACAAUUAACCUUCAAAUGAUAAUCUUUAAGGAGUAUAAUUCGCAAAUGCUGAUAUAAAUUUUAAUAUACAAAACUCAAGUUAGUUUUAGUAUCAAUAAAACUAAUAAUUUAUUCCUGAAAAUAUUAAUAAUUUGCAGAUGGCUCAGUCAAAUGUGUAUGAAAUGCCUGUUAUAGUAUCUGAUUCAAGUGGUAAACAAUCUUAAAAUACUGUUUAAUCUCUACAACAGCCACCUAAUUUAUAAUAAUAUUAAGUUUUAGGAUAGUAAGAAUUUUAAUUUUAAUAAAUUGAAAAUUAAAAUUAAGAAGCUUAAAAUCCUGAUGAUUUAACUGUUUAGAAAAGAAAUCGUCCUUAAACUGCUAUGAAAAAAUGA